AUGGCAAGGAACCUACCUUUGCUUCAAAACCCUUUGUUAAAUGCUAUAUUCAAUAACUCACAUCCAUUCAAGUCAUUGGUAAAAGAUGUCAAUCAAAAUAAUUCCCAAGAAUCUGAUAAUGGUGUCAUAAUACUAGUACCCGAUUCUAACAUUCUCAACAAUUAUAUAGAUAGAGAGUCUGGUAUAAGGUAUAAUGAGUUAUGUUUACAGGAAUCGUUCGUCAGAGAUCAUAUAAUAACAACAAAUGAAGAAAGAAACGCAAAACUAUUCACAACUUUAAGUAAGAAAGAAAUACUCAUUAAAAAAGAGUUGGUGUUCACCGGGAAAGGAUUCAAAAGUUCACUAAGACUCAAAGUUCUAACAACCGAUUAUUUUUUCAAUUUCAAUGAUUAUUUUGAAAAAGGAAGAAGGUUUAUGAUUAUGUUUAUUGAAUCUCCAUUGGUUGGUGUACCUGAACUGUACAAUGUCUUGGAAGUCACAUUAAUUUCAAGUUGUGGUGGUGUUGAUAGAGCCAUGAUUCAUAACAUUAAUGAACCAUCAUCACAGGUGGUUGGUAAACAAGAGGAAAACUUAACAUUACACGAAAGCAAUAACGAUGGAAUUAAGUUUGAGCAUGUGUUGCGUAACUUCCCAUUAAUUGCACGAUCUAUUGGUGAAAAAUAUGAAAUCUUGUUCAAGAAGUUUAACGUCAAGUCAGCUCCAGAUACCGAUUCUUUGAUUCAGAUCUUUACUGAAACUAUGAACCUUUCAUCCCAUAUAUUUAAGACAUUACAUCCUGAUCAUGUGAAUGCUAUACUUGAAGAGGCCCCAAAUGUUGAUUUCAAUGAAUGUCUAUACAAUUAUGUGGAAUUCAAUCUCUUUGACAAGAUAUGGUAUCGUCUUUGUGAAUUAAAUGGGGAUUUUUUACUUGAGCAUUUCACAGAUUUGAAUAAUUUAAGUAUAAAUCAAGUUAAUCUACCCAAGCAGUUUUGUCAUAACAUCGAACUUCAAUCCAUUUUAGAGAAAAAAAUAGCCCAAGCAGUGAGUGAAUUCAAAAAAUUAGAGCUUUCUGUAACUGCUGAAAUGAAAGCGCAUAUAUUUAUUAACACAAUUAGCCUAUUAUCUAACAUAGAUGGUAUUACAAUUGAUGCUGAUACUUUAGUUGGUCUUUUGUUGAUGGUGGUGGUACAUUCAAAAGUCCAAAACUUGGAAAGUCAUUUAUUUUAUGUUCAAAAUUUCUCAUUCCAAAAUAUUGAUUUAGGUCUAAUAGGGUAUUCAUUAUCAACUAUAGAAGGUGUCCUAUACUAUUUAAAAGAUAUAGAAAAUAUGAAACUGUUGAAAAAAUAUUCCUUAUCGAACUCAAAUGUUAUAUCCUUUGUUGAAACUAAAGAAUUGAUUUCAUUGAAAAAUCUUGCUGAUGAUUAUGAUUCUCGUCCAGACUCAAGCUUAAAAUGCAGAACAUUAAACGGGGAUUCACUUUUAGCACUUGCUAUUUUGUCAAAUGAUUAUGAUACCUGGAAAUUGCUCAUAGAUUAUGAAGAGAUUUUUACAAUAGAGGACAUUCUUACAGAUACAACUAUAGCCGAUGUCAACUUGUUGAACUUAGCUUUGAAUUCGGAAAAUUAUGAGAUCACAAAUGACUUGGUGGAUAUAUUACUUAGUUCAUGUACCAAUGAAGAAAUAAUAACAUACUUAAAUGCAAAGGAUUCACAUAACAGGUCUAUAGGGCAUUAUUUAUUUCAUUAUAAAGACCUCAUUCCAAAAAUUGGUGCAUUUAUCAACUGGAUUGAUAAAGAUUUGAACGGUCAAACGCCUUUGUUUUCAGUUUGCAGAAGUUAUGAUACACCAGAAUACUCCAAGAUGAUACGUGAAGUAUUUGAAGUGGUUGAUAAUUGGUAUACACAAAACAACUCUGUGUUUGAUUACGAGGAUCAUAUAGAUAACAGAGGUAAUACGUUACUUCAUAUAUUGAGCUCAGAUAUUGAUGUUUUGCUAAAGUACUCAAGAAUCAAUUUGAAUGAAUCCAAUAAAAAAUCUUAUACCCCACUGAUGAUUUACGCCAAAUACAAUAGAAUUGAAAACAUACAGAAAAUCAUUGACGAUAACAGAACUGAGAUUGUUAAAUCUGAUAGAAAUAAUUUUAAUGCCUUGGAUUUAUCCAAAAAUGAAAUAGUAUCAGAUUUGUUGGAUGAGAAGGUAUUCCAAGCGGAGGCUUUGCACUAUAAAGAAACAAAAGUCGGUGCUGUCAGAAUCAGACUAGAGAAUGGACAAUGGAAGAUAAUAAUCAGAGUUCAGAGAGAUAAAAAUAGGUCUGUUGUUAUAAGAAAUUUCAACGAUAUUCGGAAUUUAAUUGAGCUCGUCAACAUUGAAUAUCCAAACAGCUUUAUUCCAAUAGAUUAUUACAAAAGAUGUUUCAAUGCCCAACUGAACUUUCCUGCUUAUAACAAACUUAAGUUGAAUAUUUUAGUGGAUCAGGUGAAUACAUUUUUGGGAAGUUUGAUUCUCAAUAGAUCAUUACUUGAAAGUGAAUUAUUAUGGGAUUUCCUUUCUCCAAAUUACUUUGAUUAUCAAAAACUUCAAGAAAAGGCACAUAAAAAUUUACUCAAUUUCAGAAAGUCUAUAUUGGAACUCUCAACAAAUAAGGAGUUAGAUUCAUCAAAUGAUAACUUCUUACUACAACCUGAAGAAAUCAGUGAAAUUAACCAUUUUUUGAAGUUUUCUACUGGUGAAAUUAAUAAAUUGAGAGCUACUUAUGAUAAAUUAUUGAAGAUUGUGAAUUUUAAUCGUGCAAAAUACUCAGAUCUUCAACAAACCAUUUCUGGAUUUUCCAGAUACAAAAUUUUAGCUAUUGAAGAACUUAGUUACGUUGGACAAACUUUAAUAGACGCUGAAAGAGAAAGUAAAUUAGAUGAUGCUCUUUCUGAUAUGGUAUUAAAUCUAUAUUUGACUGCUAACCAGAUCGUGAAAAGGUCAGAAUAUUUAACAAAUGCCAAAAUUUAUAAAUGGUGGAGACUUUACGGUGAAUUGAUCGAGUUAAAUAAUAGCUACAAAAAAUUCAAAGCUGUUGAGCACAGGAAGUCUAAUAACACCUCGACAUCUAAUGGCUUGAAUGGUGCCUUGAAUGGCGUCGUUGAAGUUAAUGAAGAAAGCUUCCAAAAUCUGACUUUGAAUACAGAAUUCGUCGCUAAUAAAGCUAAAGAUUCUCCAAAUAAAAAACAAACACCUUCAUUUUUGACAAAUUUCAUAGAAUCAAAAAGAACAAAACACGAGCAAAAGCUUUUAUCCUCCAUCAAGGAAGUUAAAGAAAACCUUAUGAUUUUGAAUAGGGAUAUCAAGUUUAAUCAUGAGACAUUGGCAAUGGAAAUGAAUAAUUUCUUGAUUUUUAAGACCAAAUAUUUGGAACAUGUUAUCAAAAAGUAUACUAAAAAGCAAAUCAGGUCUCAAAAGUUUAAAACUCAAAUGCUACAAAGAAGUCUUGACGAUUUAAAAAGCAUUAAAUAA